CAUAGACAUAGACUAUAGACUAAUCAUUAGCAUUUUAUUCCAUUAUAUAUAUCAAUAAGCUCUUUGCACUGUUUACAAGCCAAAUAUUCUACCUCCUUUCUCUAAGUAUGUUUUGAUAUCUCUAUAGUUCAAACCUACUUUUAGGAAUCCAAGCUUAGAAUUAAUCUUAUUUAAACUUAGUUUUACUUAGAAUAAACCAAAAUGGGAAUCCAGGUGGCAGAAAAAGCAAAACCAAAAUACAGAAAGGGAUUAUGGUCCCCUGAAGAAGAUAAUAAGCUCAGAAAUUAUAUCCUUAAGUAUGGUCAUAGCUGCUGGAGUUCUGUUCCCAUUAAGGCAGGCUUGCAAAGGAAUGGAAAGAGUUGCAGAUUAAGAUGGAUUAACUAUCUUAGACCAGGAUUAAAGAGAGGUAUGCUUAGCAAACAUGAGGAAGAUACAAUCAUGACACUUCACCACAUGUUAGGCAACAAGUGGUCUCAAAUAGCACAACAAUUACCGGGAAGGACAGACAAUGAGAUAAAAAAUUAUUGGCAUUCAUACUUGAAAAAGAAAGUGGUCAAUGCUAAGGAAAUAAUUGAAUCUCAUAAUCAAAUUCAAUAUGCUAGCUCAAGUUCAGAUACAAUGGACUCUUUACUCUCUACAAAAAAAUGUGCAAUUCAAGAUCCUAACUAUAUGUUAUUAGAAAACAUUGAUAAAUCAACAACUGCAGCAACACACUCUGAUCAAUCUAUUUCUCAGAAUUAUAACACUGUCAAUGAAGUUUGUCAAAGCUCAUUACCAAAACUUUUAUUUGCUGAGUGGCUUUCAUUGGAUCAUGUAAAUGGUGGAAAAUCUUUAAAUUCAGAUGAUUCAAUGGUCUUGGGAAAUGGAUUUGAUCAAAAUUCUAUUUUUCAAGAAAAUGUUAUGCAAAUGCAAGAAGGACAAUUUGGUGAAGAGUAUCAUGAUAGUUUAAUUCAAAAUUUAGAGAAUGAGGUUUACUAUUCACAGCUUCAAAUAUCAAAUCAAGUGGAUGAAAAUGAAUUGGUUCAUUAUAUGAACAAUGAUGGAAGAUAUGUAGUAUGAGGAAGAAGUUUACAAGGUGGAUUAAUUUGUCGGACGGAUUUUUCGGAAUCAUUUGGAAUUACAUGAUUGAGCAUACGUGCUUUUUGAAGAUAGAAAUUUGUCUUUCUUGUCUUCACAGUUGAGACAGUGACUUGAUCGGAUCCACUCAAACAAAAAAAAAGAAGAUGAAUAUAUUUUUCUCGAAACUCAACUUAUAUUCCUUUUUCUAUAUUUUUAUGUUCAACCAACAUUUACAAGGUAAUAGUCUCAUUCGUCGUAAGGACAAGAAAGAUCUUGAGUUUCUACUUUUAAGGAAUAUGGUCUAUUGUUGACUAUCUAUCAAAGUGGCCCACCGUAGAACCCGUCUAGUUAGUAGUUAUACAUACAGAAAAAGAAAGUAGUAUAAAAUUAUUCUUAAAAUUGUUUAAUAACACCUGUAUCCAACUCAAAUAAAUUCAGUAGGAUAUCCUAUAAGUGUAUCUAGUUGUUACUGUUAUUCUUUCAGACUUGUUUAUGCAUGCUCAUGUAAAUUUGUUUCAAAUUAAAUUAAGAAGUUCAAUAAUAUCAUAUAUAUGGUUUUCAAUGUUUUACCUCCUCUGUAAAUGUUAAACAAGUAUGGCUUGAAAACUAUUAUUUGUAAUG